ACCUUCCUAUAAAUACUUGAACGGCGGUUCGCCAUGUUAUCGAGGAAACGCGUCUGAGGAGAUUGUCGUCCUUGAGGGCGAAUUUAGAAACAGCGACGCGUUUUAAGCGGGAACAUUUCAGGGCCCUCGAUCUUUUAUUCCGUUAAUACUAAAUCGACGCUAUCGUCAGCCGGCAAAGCAGCUGGCUCAAACGGUUUUUAUUUCCCCCCCGUCGUUCAUUCGCAGGCCGAAUCGGCUGCCAUGAUGGAUUUUUAAGGCGUAAUGCGGCAACACUAAUGCAAUGGCGAUGCAUAGGCAACCCCACCUGCGAAAUUCCAUCUUCGCAACUGCUAAGCAGUUGGGCUCGAGUACCGUCCGCGGUAUCCCGACGAGCCAACCGGUACCGCUCCUCCUGGACCGGUGGAAGCUAACUAGCUAAGCACCUCGGCUGGAAAGGACGACAGAGAUUCGUUUGAUCGAUUUCAUCAGAACAUCAUCCUCGAAAAUGAAGCCUCAAGACAUACUCUCCGGGAAGAGCAGCCUGUGGAUCUUCGGGUACGGCUCGCUGGUGUGGAAGCCGGACUUCAAGUACAAGAGGAGCGAGGUCGGUUACAUCAAGGGCUACAAGAGACGUUUCUGGCACGGAGACAACUUCCACCGUGGAAGUGACGAGUUGCCUGGAAGGGUGGUGACGCUGCUUGAAGACGAUGACGCCAGCACGUGGGGCGUGGCGUUUGAGGUGUCUGCCUCCCAGGUGGAAGAGUCCCUCAAGUACCUCAAUGUCCGUGAAACGGUUUGCGGCGGUUACAUCACCAAGAUGGUGGAUUUCUUUCCAAACGAGGAGGCCGGGUCGCCUGUUCCAGCGCUGGUGUACAUCGCCACCUCUGACAAUCCCCUCUACUUGGGACCAGCCAGCCCAGAGGAGAUCGGCGCCCAGAUCGCGGUGUGCCGGGGGAAGACGGGCCACAAUCUGGAGUACCUGCUCCGCCUGGCAGAGUUCAUGAGGAGCAGCUGCCCACACGUGGAAGACCACCACCUGUUUUCCAUCGAGAGAGUGGCGCUUGAUGUGGUGUCUUAUCUCUUGGUGGCUCAUUAGCUCCUCCCCUUGUUUUACUUCGUAGAUAAACCUGUCAAGAGGCUUUACCUGCCUUUUCUGUUCUAGGUUCACACGCCCAUCCAGUGUUUAAAUCUAAAACGAAGAAAGGGAAGCAUUAAAUCUGUUAACACUACCACAAAAUGUGCAAUCAUUGUUGGCUGUAAACUUUGUGCGGUUUGGUUUGUACUCAACUCUGCCGUCCAGUUUAGAACAAAACGGUGCAACUUGUAUGUGUUUAAUGUGCCGGAUGGCUGCUGUGGUUAAAAACAAACACUUCCAUCCAGAUUAAUGCCAAAAUGCAAAUAAAAAGCUGAAACACACU